AUGAUAACUAGUUUUUUUUAAUUGUAUUACUAAUAUUGCUUUAUCACUUUGCUUGCGAUUAUAAUUUUGGAAUUUAUCUUGCUUUUUCUUGCUGCAACUAGAAUAUAAAACUAUGAAUGGAGUUAUUUUUUCAUUUAAUACUUUAACAUAAUUCAUAUAAAAAUAAAUGGGAUAACAUAUUAUUAUCCUUAUCAAUAUGAAAAAAAAUGUUAUAUUUAUUAUGCUCAAAGCUUUGCUUUACAUCUUUAAUGUUACUACAUAUCUAUAUUUGAGUGGACGUAUUUUUUUACAAUUAUGCUGACUUCUUUAGUAUUCAUUUUUAUAUUAGAAAACGAUUAUACACUAUCUUCAACUCGAUAUUAAGUUAUAAGAUAUUUAGUAUCACAUUUAUAAUUGGCUUAUUAUUUAGAGUUACACAAAGAUAGAACAUUUUUUAAAUAUAAUAUUAUUCAUUUACUUUUUCUAGCUAUUUUACCUAGUUUUCUACCUCAGAGUGUAAAUCAAUUCAUAUUAGCUUUUGGAAAUAGAAGAGCUGAAAUACCUAGUUUAAAAAAUAUUCUUUUCUAUUCUUAUUUGUAAAACUUUGGGAUAUCAUUAUCUUUUUAUAAAGAUAGUAGCUUAAAUGACUAUGAAAAAGAAGCAGAGAUGAAAAAUAUUUUAUAAAUUACUCAAGUCUUUUAGUUGAUUUUUUCAUUCUUAUGGUUGAAUAUAUUUAAAUUUAGCACUUCGCUUAUAAGUUUAAACGUAUAUUUUGUGGUGCUAAUACCCUAUUUUACAAAAGUCUUAGUAAAUUUUGCAUAAAAUUUAAAGUAUGGACCAUAAUAUCUCACAUUUAUUUAGGAUAAAUUGAAAAUUAAGGGUUUAAAUGACAUCUAAAUAGCAAAUGAUUAUCUUUAAAUUAAUAAUAGGUAAAAAAUGAUAUAAUUAUAAUUUAGAGAUGUGUAGAGUUAAGAUUUACAUAGACUAUUCGAUAUAAUAUACAAUUAAAGUAAAUCUAAUAUUAUAUGUACAUAAGUUAUAUUCAAAAGAGUGAAAAAUUAUUUCUUAGUAAAUAAGUAAUAAAAAUUAAUCUAUAUAUCUAUGGGUAGCAAAAUAGAUAGCUUUUUAGAGUUUACUUUUAAAUUAAUCAGAAACUGCAAAAUGUUUAAUUACAAAAUUAAAGGACUGUGGUUUUCAAUUAGCUUUCUAGAAGUAGACAGAUUAAAGAUUAUUUUAAUAUUAAACUAUGAUAUUUUACCAUAAUUUAUUGCUUAGAAUUAAAUCAGAUUAUAUGGGAAACCUAUAUUUUUAGAGUUAUACAAGUAUAUAGCAUUUUUUAAAAAUAUACAACCAAGUUUAAAUUUCUCUCCUUAUUAAAUUUUUUAUGAUUUGUACGAUGUUUGA